UCUCCUAGUGAAUUGAAAUUAUUCUCACACAGUUAGUGAUUUCAUUAGAUUUCAGUGUUUAACAAAACAGAGAGAAAAUGUCUGUUUGUAAAUUUCCUUUCACAGCAAACAAGAGCUUGAAGAACAGGGCAUUAAUUGUGUCUGUGGAACACUUCUAUCCAGGUGUGGCUCUGACGAAGCGGCCGGGCGUAAAGAGAGACAAUCAGAGACUUCACAAAAUUCUCACCAAACUCGGCUUCUCAGUGGUCAUCAAACAAGACCUAGAGGCAGAAGAGAUCUAUGAAGCAUUCAAAGCAGAGAGCAAGAAGAUGGUCAAAGAUUGUUUUGUGGGUGUCAUAUCCAGCCAUGGUGAGGAGGGUGUUGUGUUUGGUGCCGAUGGAUGCCCUGUGAAACUGGCAAAGAUUUACAGCUACUUUGGAGACCCAUCAAUGGUGGGCAAGAACAAACUCUUCCUUAUACAGGCUUGUCGAGGAAAUGAGUUGGAUGGAGGUGUGGAGACAGACUCUUCGUUCUCAGAGGAAGAGGAGAGCAUGUCUGAGCUUUUUUCAAUUCCCAUUGACACCGCAGUCAUGUACGCCACAGCCACAGGUUACGGUGCAUUCAUGCAUCCUUUGGGCUCAGUGCUCAUUCAGACUCUCUGUGAUUUGCUGGAAGAGGUAGGAGGUCCAAAUCUAGAGCUCACACGACUCAUGACUCGCCUGAAAUACCAGGUGGCCUACAACUUCCAAUCAAGAGGGAGACUGUUGGGUGGCAAAAAGCAGAUGCCAUGCUUUGUGACCCGCUUUACCAGAGAGGUGUUUCCAUUUGUGGACAGCAGAACGGCCACAGCAGAAGACUUGAGCUUGAGCUUUGUAGCCACACAGCUUAUCGUUGAACCCAAAAGAUCACGGAAAAGCUCCAUCAGCUGAAGAUUGUGAAGAAUCUGAUGCAGGAACUGCUUUAUCUUAGAGAGCCAUCUCUGAGACAUCUCUCAUAUUAUCUCAUUUGAGACUGAUAAUAAAAUACAUAAAGUGACGUAAAAGUUACGUAGGCAGCACAAAGUGGGUGGUUGGGAAAGGACUAGGAUUUUUUUGUUGUGUCUGUUACUUUUAUUCAUUGUGCUAAAGUAUUUGCAGUGUAUUUCAUUUUUUUUAUUUUUUUUAUGUCAAAUAAGGUAAAACCUAAAUUAUAAGAACAGAACAUGUUUUUGUAAAAAGCUUGCAACUGUUCAUCAACAUAUGUGAUAUUUCAAUAAAACCUUCUAUUUUUAAAUAUUGGGUUAAUUAUUGAAUUGCGAUAAUUUACUAAAUUACAUUUGGUAGACGCUUGUCCAAAGCAACUUACAGUACUGUCAAAGUGUACAUUUCAGCAGUCCAUACAUUAGACACAGCUGUAGACACUACCUUGUGCACAUUUACAUUUAUGUCUUUGGCAGACACUUUUAUCCAAAGAUGCAUUCAAGGUAUACAAAACAUUUUACUAAUAAGUGUGUUCCCUGGGAAUCGAACCUAUGAUCUUGGCAUUGCUAAAACCAUUUUCUUCAGCUUAAAAUGAAGUCUAUUGCAACAGUCACUCAUUUUAUUGAACUACUGAUUCUGGCAAGUUUUCAGGUUAUAAUAAACCUGAAUGGUUGUAACUGUAUUAAAAAUAAAACUGAAACAAGGUAGUGCCCAGCUGUCUGAUACUUAUUAUGUCAUGGUUAUACUUUGCCCUUGAUAUAUACUGUACUUUUAGGUGUGAACAGGUACCGCACAGUCUGUACUUUUGCAAGUGCUCAUGUGAUGGUGAAUAACAGUUGACAGCUAAUCCAGAUUUGCUGGAUUUCAUCACUUCACUGAAUGUUUGUCACGAACACGAAACUGCCAGAUUCCAUCUGUUUAAAAUUAUGACUUGUGUAUGUUCUCUUUGAGUCAUCUGGUAUGUUAAUUGCAUGAGUUAAAGUAGUUCUUAUUUCACAGGCUACUAAGCAUUCUGUUACUCUUUUUAAUAUUAACUACAUUUAAAAGUGUGUUUUGAAAUUUUGGC